GUCAGCUCAACAAGCCACCAUAAGCAGACCAUGUCUACCAUAAACCAUCUCAAUAGAUACAGCCCUGGCUGGAAGAAGGCAAAGAAUAAAGAUCAACAUUUCACAGAUGUACAUGGUCUCCCAUGCAUUGAGAAGCUGGUGUGUUCAGUGGAUGAAACAACAGAGCCCAUCGCAACCAAAAUUACUGGUAAAAUACCCUUGUGGAUCAAAGGCAAUUUCCUCAGGAAUGGACCUGGAAAGUUUGAGUUUGGAAGAAGCAGUUUCAACCACUGGUUUGAUGGCAUGGCACUUCUGCAUCAGUUCCAAAUUGAGGAUGGAAAAGUGACAUACAUGAGCCGCUUCCUGAACAGUGAUUCUUACAAGGAAAACACUAUGAAUAACCGCAUUGUGGUGUCGGAAUUUGGCACAGUUGCAGUGCCGGACCCCUGCAAGAACUUCUUCCAGCGGUUUCUCUCUCGCUUUGAGUUACCAAGUAAGUGUGAAGUAUUUGAGCCAACUGACAACGCAAAUGUGAGUUUUGUCCAGUAUAAAGGAGACUACUAUGUCAGCACAGAGACAAACUUCAUGCACAAAAUAGACCCAAAGACACUUGAAAACAAAGAAAAGGUGGACUGGAGUAAAUUCAUUGCUGUUAAUGGAGCCACAGCUCACCCCCAUGUGGAUCCUGAUGGAACCACAUACAACAUGGGCAACUCUUACACCCCUAAAGGUGCCUUCUACAAUAUUAUAAGAGUGUCCCCAAAAAAAGAGAAUCCAGAGGAUACCUUGGAAGGAGCCACAGUUGUUUGCUCUAUCCCCUCUGAGGACAAGUCCAAACCAUCCUACUAUCAUAGCUUUGCCAUGUCAGAGAACUAUGUGGUAUUCAUCGAACAGCCAAUCAAAAUGGAUCUCUUGAAGAUUGUGACAGGCAAACUGCGUGGAAAGGGAAUUAGUGAUGGUGUAUAUUGGGACCCCACACUGACCACAGUUUUCCACGUAAUCAAUAAGCACACGGGAAAGCUGAGCUUUGUCAAAUAUUACGCAAAGCCUUUGUCAACCUUUCAUCAGAUAAAUUGUUAUGAAGAAAAUGGUUUCCUGAUCAUGGACAUCUGCUGUUCUGAUGAUGGCCAGGCAAUUAACAACUACAUGAUACAGAAUUUAAAAAAGUCUGGGGAUGCUCUAGAUGAGGUAUACAACACCAUGUGCAGAACCUUCCCCCGCCGUUUUGUCCUACCGGUGAAUGUGGACAGUGACACACCCUGUGGGCAAAAUCUCAACACAUGCUUGAACAGCACUGCCACAGCUAUUAAGACAGACAAGAACAAGGUGUUUUGCACUUAUGAAGAUCUUCAUGGUGAGGAUCUUCAUGAAUAUGGAGGUAUCGAAUUCCCACAAAUCAACUAUUCAAAGUACAACACCCGGCCCUACCGUUACUACUAUGGAUGUGGCUUCAGACACCUAGUUGGAGACUCUCUUAUUAAAAUUGACCUUCAAGGCAAACAAAUGAAGGUGUGGCAACAUUCAGGCCUGUAUCCUUCUGAACCAAUCUUUGUCUCUUCACCUGAUGCUGUAGAGGAGGAUGAUGGAGUCAUUUUGUCUGUGGUCAUAUCUCCUAAUCAGGACAAAAGCACAUUCCUUCUAUUGCUGGAUGCAAAAACAUUUGAAGAAUUGGGUCGUGCGGAGAUACCUGUCAACAUUCCAUACGGUUUUCAUGGGGCUUUCCAAACUAUAAACUGAGGAUCACUUUAAAAAAGG